UUUCACCACCUUCUCAAACCCCUCCUCUUUAUAUAAAUCUCUCUCCUCCUCUCUCUCUCUUUCUCUCUCUCUCAAAUCAUCUAAAAAGCAAACAAAACAAAAAAAAACCAGCUUUCCCAUCUAUUCUUUCUUCUUUGCCAUGGACUGGUUCUCAUGGCUAUCCAAAACAGGCCUAGAGCCAUCCCUUGUGUACGAAUACGGCCUGGCUUUUGCCCACAACGAGCUAGAAGAGGAAGACAUAAUCUACUUCAACCACGAGUUUCUUCAGAGCAUGGGAAUCUCCAUAGCCAAGCACAGGCUUGAGAUCCUAAAGCUGGCCAGGAAGGAGAAAGGAAGUAGCGGCCGUGGCCCACGGCCCAUGGCCAGGCUUCUCGUGGCCAUCAAGAGGACCAAACGGUGCUUGGCCAAGUAUAUUCGGACCUUGGUCAGACGUGAUCAAGACUCUUCUGCUCUUGUUGUCGUUCAAAGGCCUUCCGGCUAUGGCAACAGGUUCAGAGGAGCCAUGCUCAAGAGGAACAGGAAGAUGGUGGUGCCCCAACAGGGAAGAUUGUUGCUUACCAAUGGUAGCCCAAUGGUCGUCUCCGGUGGGCCCAGGAUUGAGAGCUUUUCGAGCCCGGUGGUUUUUGAUCUCAGGAAGGAGGAGAAGAUGGAACAUGAUCAUCAUGAUCAGGAAGAUGGGUAUUGGUCAACGGGUGUUGAAGAGAUCAGGUGGGAUACUAUGUUCCAGGAUUUGAAACCCACAUGAAUAAAAACAAAAUUGUUUUUUUUUUGGUUAAUUAACUUUUCAGUUGAUCUUAUGGGAAUUAAUUUAAAUGGUGAGAGAUGGGUUUUUUUAGGUUCUUCCACCACAGUGUUUUUUUUUUUUUAAUUUAAUUUUUGGGUUGGUUUUGUGGUUUUAUAUUGUUAUUACAAAGAACACUAUGCUCUGCUUUUUUCAGUAGUGGUGGUGGGUCAUGUAGACUCCAAAACUUUAGAGGGUGUCUGUUACUCUGUUCCCUUUAGGAGAUUAUAAUGUUACUUUUACUUUACUUUUUUUUUCUUCUCUUUAAAUCUUUAUUUUUCUGAUGGGUCUGUAGUCUUUAUCUUUGAGUGAACUGAAAUCACGAGUACUUGGUCUUUGUGGAAAGAAUGAUUGUGUAUGUCGUGUUAAAAAAAAAAAAAAAGUAUAGUAUAAAGGAGGGUAGGAAUUCCUCACUC